GGCACACUCGUACCAACAGUAUGGCGGCGGGCUGCUGCUGGAGGGAUGCUGCUACUGUCGCCGCUGCCUUUACAAUGUGAUCGGAAUACCGUCUGCCUGCGGAAAGACAACGACCAUAACCCGAGGCAGCUCGUCGUGAGCUCGAUAAGAUGACCAGACUCGCCGAUUACUUCGUUGUAAUCGGAUACGAUCUCGAUAAGAGAGGAGGUAGUGAGGGUCAAGGGCGGAUUCUCCAGCGUUUCCCAGAGAAAGACUGGGAAGAUAACCCCUUUCCUCAAGGCGUUGAACUGUUCUGUCAGCCCAGUGGAUGGCAGCUGGUUCCUGAGAGAAAGCCUCCUUCAUUCUUUGUGGCGGUUCUAACUGACAUCAACUCUGAGCGGCAUUACUGCGCCUGCUUCACCUUCUGGGAAUCUGUGGAUAACCCACUGAAAGGAGAGCCCAGUGAGGCUGAUGAAUAUGACAGUCCAGAUGUUCUCCAGCCUGCUCAACUCUAUGCCCCCAAAAGCUUGGUUCUGGUGUCCCGCCUGGACCACACAGAGGUCUUUAGGAACUGUUUGAGUCUCAUCUACACGGUUCAUGUGGAUGGCCUCAACGUUCCCAUGGAAACGGUGAUUGGAAACCUUCUCACCUGUAUCAUUCCCAUAGCUGGAGGCUCUCAGACAAAUGAUCCCCCUCUUUGUAGUAUAACUGACCAGCUACUGGGUUGUUUCCAGCCGGGCCAGGACAACAGAGAGGAGAGCUCGAGGACCAUAACCCUUGGUGCUGGCGACAGGCAGGUUAUUCAGACGCCUUUAAACGACUCCCUCCCUGUGAGUGGUUGCAGUGUGGCCCAGCUUUUCAGACAGCUCGGAAUAGUGAAUGUUCUCUGUAUAUUCUGUGCGGUUUUAACGGAGCACAAGAUUCUGUUCCUCUCCAGCAGUUACCAGCGGCUAACAGAUGCCUGCAGGGCGCUGCUGGCCAUCAUGUUCCCACUUAAAUACAGUUUUACAUACGUUCCCAUCUUACCGGGAAAGCUGCUGGAGGUGCUCAGCACUCCAACCCCCUUCAUUAUAGGAGUCAACUCUCACUUCUGCUUGGAGUCUCAAGAACUGCUCGAUGUAAUCAUUGUGGACUUGGACGGUGGCACUGUCACCAUUCCGGAGUGCGUUCACAUAUCACUGCUGCCUGAGCCGCUUCUUCAUCACACACAGACGGCCAUCUCCAUGGUUCUAGAUCCGGAGCUUGAAGUGGCCGAUCGUGCGUUUCCUCCAUCCUCCGUUCAGCCAUCAACACUCAAGAUUCAGGAUAAGGAAAUUCGUGCUAUCUUCCUAUGGCUGUUCGCACAGCUCUUUCAGGGUUAUAGAUGGUGUUUGCACAUCAUUCGGAUCCACCCAGAACCAGUCAUACGCUUCCAUAAGGCUGCAUUUCUGGGUCAGAGAGCACUGGCUGAGGAUGACUUCCUGAUGAAGGUGCUUGAUGGCAUGGCCUUUGCUGGCUUCGUGUCAGAGCGGGGUCCUCCGUACCGAUCCACAGACCUGUUUGAUGAUCUUAUAGCCAAUCAGGUGGAGCGAAUUCGACAAGAGACAGGAAAUCCUCAGAAAGUCAUGAAGCAUAUAAAGGAGCUGGCGGAGCACCUUUUUAAAAAUGAGAACCCAUAUCCCGCGGUGGCCAUGCACAGAGUUCAGAGGACGGCUGAAAAGGCUCUUCCCCGGCUGCCGCAGACCUCUUUCCCGCUCCUGGAUGAUGUUGGUGUGCAGCUCUUUAUAGACCAUGCAACUGCAAAACUCAAAACUGCCCCGCCUGUCGUCAAAGCCGAACUUAAGGGCAUGGUACCAACGGGACCCCCACUGGCUGGCAUAGUGGACAGGAAUGGGAAUGUUCUUGCUAACAGCGCCAGGAGGUUAGAAGUGGUCCGAAACUGCAUCACAUACAUUUUUGACAACAAAAUGCUGGAGGCCAAGAAGUUGAUGCCGGCAGUGUUGCGGGCACUGAAAGGUCGGACUGCGCGUAUGUGUCUGACCCAGGAGCUCAACCUACAUGUCCUGCAGAACCGGGCCGUACUAGACGACCAACAAUUCGACUACAUCGUUCGCAUGAUGAACUGCACUCUGCAGGAUUGCUCUCAUAUGGAUGAACAUGGUAUUGCUGCUGCCUUGCUGCCACUGGUUACGGCCUUCUGUCGGAAACUGGGAGGAGGCAUUACUCAGUUUGCGUACAGCUGUGUUCAGGAGCACAUGGUGUGGACCAACAUGCAGUUCUGGGAGGCCAUGUUUUACAGUGACGUACAGAAACACAUCCGGACCCUCUACCUGGAGAACGAUGAGGAGGGAGACACGUCCAACCCUGAGGGGGAGAACAUGGGAGGGCAGAAUCAGCUGAGUGCUCUGGAGCUGGCGUCAGAGCAGAGCCGUCUGUGGCCCACGUUGAGUAAAGAGCAGCAGCAGGAGCGUGUUCAGAAGGAGGAGAGUACAGUGUUCAGUCAGGCCAUUCACUACGCCAACCGCAUGAGCUACCUACUGCUGCCGCUCGACACCAGCAAAAACCGCCUGCUCCGCAACACCGGCCUAGGGGAUGUUGAGAGCGUCAGCAACAGCUAUGUUACUAACAGCAUUGCGGGCAGUAUGGCAGGGAGCUACGACACGGAGAGUGGCUUUGAGGAUGCCGAGGUCUCGGACGUUGCUAACUCUGUUGUACGAUUUAUCAAUCGGUUUGUUGACAAAGUGUGCAAUGAGAGCGGAGUGACCAAUGAACACCUGAAGGCCCUUCACACCAUGAUACCAGACAUUGUUCAGAUGCACAUUGAGACGCUGGAAGCAGUCCACAGGGAGAGCAAACGCCUGCCACCUAUCCAAAAGUCCAAGCUUUUGAGGCCAACGCUACUGCCGGGUGAGGAGUUUGUGAUGGACGGCAUGCGGGUGUACCUCAUGGCGGAUGGACGAGAGGAGGCAACGGGCGCAAUGGGGGGUCCGCCCUUGCUGCCCGCAGAGGGAGCCAUCUUCCUCACCUCCUACCGACUCAUCUUCAAAGGCACACCCACUGACCCUCUAGUUGGAGAGCAAGUGGUCACGCGCUCGUUCCCCAUUGCCUCCUUCACAAAAGAGAAGAGGAUCUCUUUUAAUGGUUCCAUGGAUCAGUUCGUCCAGGAAGGCCUGCAGCUGCGAUCCUGCACAUUUCAGUUGAUGAAGAUCGCUUUUGAUGUGGAGGUGGCAUCCGAUCUUGCUGAAGUGUUCAGGAAGAACAUGCUUAAGCUCAGAUACCCACAGCACGUCCAGGGCACGUUCGCCUUCGCUGUGGGCCAAUCUGCAAAGCUGGAACACAAGACCAAGGACAAGAACCAGUCUCUAAAAACGCUCUCUAAAAACCUGGUUAAGACCGCAAAGAGGACCAUCGGGCGACCGUAUAUGACCCGGAAGAAGUAUAACCCGCCGACUUGGGAGAACAGAAGCAGUCUGCAGUCAGAAAUGGAUGAAGAUGAGAUAUCGGUGUCUGAAGAGCCGGAUCAGAGUUCGCUCACACUCUCUUCCACCAUCCGCUCGUCUGACCGUCAAACCAUGAGUAAUGUGGUGGAGCGUGCCUGCUGUCGUGACUACCAGCGCCUGGGACUGGGAACACUUAGUAGCAGUCUGACCCGCUCUAAAAACGAACCCUUCCGUAUUUCUACGGUCAACCGCAUGUACACCGUCUGCCGAAGUUACCCCGGGUUACUGAUCGUGCCUCAGAGUAUCCCUGAUUCAACCAUCCAGCGCAUCUCACGCUGCUACAGGCAAAACCGCAUUCCUGUAGUGUGCUGGAGAAACCCCCAUACUAAAGCAGUGCUGCUGCGCUCGGCUGGCCUGCACGCUAAAGGCGUUGUGGGCUUCUUCAAAUCACCCAAUGCGACAAGCGCAGGUCCAUCCCAGGCAGACUCCACCAGUCUGGAGCAAGAGAAGUAUCUGCAGGCCAUCAUCAGCUCCAUGCCCUCCUACAGUGAAGCCAGUGGGAGAAACACACUCAGUGGCUUCACCUCCACACACAUGAGCACCUCAGAUUCAUCAGACAAGCUGAGGCAACCUAAAAUAGGAGCUUUAAUGAAGCAGGUCAUGGGGACUAAAGACGAUGUUCCAGGAACCUUCAGUAGAGGAGCGCUGGGUCAGAAGGCAAGGGUCAUCUCCCUCUCUCAGCCUAGAGUUUCGGUCAAGGCCCGCAACUCGCCUAGAGGAAAAUGGGGCAGUAUACGGGGAAGUGGGCGGCUCAGUACGUAUAAUCCUGAUGUUGGAAACAGGCUGGCUGGAAAAGAGUCUCCCCAAGCUAACGGAGGCCCAACUGAGACGUAUUUCCUUCGCCAACAGAGAGCAUACCUCUACAUUAUUGGAGAUAAGUCCCAGCUUAAGGGUGGAAAGCAGGACACUUUCCAGCAGUGGGAGGUGGUGCCCAUUGAGGUGUUUGACGUACGGCAGGUGAAAAACAGUUUCAAGAAGCUGAUGAAAGCCUGUGUGCCUUCCUCCAGCAAUGACCCAAACAUGAUAUUUCACCGCUGCCUCGAGGAGUCGGAGUGGAUGAAUCUGCUUCACAGAGUUCUACAGGUGUCCGUUCUUGUUGUGGAGCUUUUGGACAAUGGUUCCUCCGUUAUGGUUAGUCUGGAAGAUGGCUGGGAUGUCACAACACAGGUGGUGUCCCUUGUGCAGCUGCUGUCGGAUCCAUACUACCGAACGAUUGAUGGCUUUAGGCUUCUGGUGGAGAAAGAAUGGUUGUCGUUUGGCCAUCGAUUCAGUCACCGUGGGGCUCGGACGCUAGCCAGCCAGAGCAGUGGAUUUACACCUGUCUUCCUCCAGUUUCUCGACUGUGUGCACCAGAUCCAUCUGCAGUUCCCCAUGGAGUUUGAGUUCAGUCAAUACUACCUGAAGUUCCUCGCCUACCACUACGUCUCCAACCGCUUCCGCACCUUCCUGCUGGACUCCGACUACGAGCGCAUAGAACUGGGUGUUUUGUACGAGGAAAAAGGCGAGAGAAAGAACCCUCAGGUGUGCAAGUCAAUCUGGGAUUAUAUUGACCGUCUCAACAAAAAGACCCCCAUCUUCUACAACUACAUGUUUUCUCCAGAGGAGGAGGAGGUCCUAAAGCCCUACACUUACAUUUCCAAUUUGAAAGUUUGGGACUUUUACACAGAGGAGACGCUUUCUGAGGGUCCGUCCUUUGACUGGGAGGUGGUGCGGGGACGGCAAGAGAAGCCAGUGGAGGAAGCGGGCGAGAGACAGGAGACGACGGCGCCCAAGUCCCAGCGGAGGAUUGUAUGGCCUUGCUACGACAGCCUCAGUAAAGUAGUGCCUGAUGCCAUCACAAAGCUGUUGCAAGAUGUGCAAAACCUGGAAAAUGAGUUAGGACAACCUAUGGAGAAAUGGAAGGACACAUGGGACAAGACUAAGACAACCCAACGGGCCGAAUCCAGAUUAGAGAGCCGGCACUCGUUCUCCACCUCCCUGCUCAUGUCGUCUAAUCUGAGUCACCAGCGGCGCUCUCAGGGUUUGUAUCUGCAGAAGAGUGGGGCUGGCUCCUCCAUUAACCUAGCUCUGGAUUGUGAGGUCAACACCACCUCCACGCCCGCUUCUGGUCGGCCCAGGACCAGCACGCUCUACAGCCAGUUCCAGAGCACAGAGAGCGAGAACAGGAGUUUCGAGGGUAUUUUACACAAAAGAGGCGCUUUGCUGAAACCAUGGAAACCACGUUGGUUUGUACUGGACAAGACCAAACACCAGUUGCGAUACUACGAAACAAGGCAAGAUAAAGAGUGUAAAGGAGUCAUCGAGUUAGGCGAAGUGGAAUCUGUCUUUCCGGGAACGCCGACCAUGGGAGCACCUAAAAACAUAGAUGAAAAAGCCUUCUUUGAUCUCAAAACAACUAAAAGAGUGUACAACUUCUGUGCCCAGGACAGCACGAAUGCACAGUUAUGGAUGGACAGUAUUCAGAGUUGCCUAUCUGAUGCAUAGGGGAGGAGGGCCUUAUGGAGGAAAGAACUGUGAAACUUCAGGGGGGUUUCAGAGCCAUUGAUGGACAUUGCUCAUAGCCAAUUGGCUGAGCUUCCCACCUCACAUACAGAGGGAAGUUAGAAUGGGCAUGGCUAUGGUCCCGUGCCAGUGGUAUUGAACUUUACAAUGCUGCACCUCACCACAUUUCAGCGUUUUGGUUAAAAAACGUUAAAAACCAAUGAAACGACAAAACAGAGAAUACCCUCUAAGACUUAUAAUACCUGUGGUUUCACCGUGUUCCUUUUUUUUUUCUUUUUACACAAUCACAACCCCUGGAUGAUAUCUAAUGCUUAUUCAAAAGAUGCAUGGUCUCAUUUCUGACAGACUGCGAUUCUUCAGCUACCGCUUGCACCCUCCCAUAUUGCUUGGAUACUGCCAAAUGCCCAACUUUUAUCUAUGCAGGGGCCUGUGAAUGCCCAAAAACUAUUCACCGCUUGCAAAAGAGUGACCCUAAUGUAAUGUUAACCCCUUCCAAUCUCAUUACUUUCACUAUAUCAUAGCUGCCACUGGCAGGUUAAGUUCUCUUGCUCCCUUCUGAUUGUUUGGCUUUAUCAAAGCCCAUUCUGAAGCUGGGUCUCCAAGCAACGGUUCAUGAAGGAAUAUGUUCAAUAUAUUUGGUUAUUUACGUCAAAGUAAUACACAAAACUUGCAUUCUUGUAACAGUGUACCAUGGCAGGCACAUUGCCCAAACAAUGCCAUUUGCAGAUUUUGCAUUUAGAUUUAACUGUUUACAAACUAACCCUUACAAUAUAUUCCUGGGGUCUUCCUCGUUUCUGCUUUUCUUGAAGAUAGAUUUAAAAACCACUAUUGCUAUUGAGAAUGGAAGAGAUGCUAAAGGAAAAGGAGGGAUAUAUUUUGACAGGAUCAUUUAUACACAGAGAUAAUUCUUUGAUUGUAGAAAACGAAAGAUGCAAACAAAAGUGGGGCAGUGUCUGGAGGGUUUUUUGUGAAGUGUCUGUUUACACCAAUCAGAGGCUGGAGCUGGCUGCCAUGACAACUGUGCUCCACAUUACUUCCUGUAAAAGUUUUGGGGAAAAUGAAAUAUACAAAUUUUACAAAUGUAUGCAUUGACAUAGUGAUAGGGAAUAACCCCUUAAAAUGUAAUCAGUAUGGUUUAUUGGGUCCACAUCAUGUUUUAGACCAUUUAUACCUAUACUGUAUAUGAGGUUUUAUGGUAUAGUCAUUUAAAUAUUCUACUUGUUGGAAUUAUAUCACAAAAGUGUAACUUAUAAUUUGAGAAAUUCGUCUAGCGCAAAAUCAAAUGCCAUUCUACCGACACUGGUUGACGUGUGCUUCCUUUCCCCCGUCUCUGAGCCUUGAAUCUGUCUGAAUCAGUGUUUUAGUUAGUCUGUUACAUGUUCUGUUUUGAAUCCUGUACAUAGAGGAGUUUGUUUAUAUUAUUCCUUAAGAGAAAGAAGAGUCUAUUUUACUGGACUUGGUGAGGAUGCAUACAAAUAUCACUGGACUGUUCUGUUGCAUUUUAUUCCAUUAUUUGUCCCAGAUUCAAGAACUAACACACACACACACACACACACACACACACACACACACACACACACACGACGUGUAAAAUAGGGUAAUGCGUAUGAAUUGUUGAAUACAACAUUUUAAAAGUCUUUUGUUUUUGUUCCAAUAAGUCCUUUUGUAUAUAAUACUCAAAUAUGUAUGUUAAUGGUAGUAAUUUAUUUAACUUUGUCUCCUGAAUAUGACUCCUCAGAGCACCACUUAACUUUUAAAUUAGAAAUCCAACAUGUGCCAUUGUUUAUCUCUGUGUUAACAUGAUUAAUUAUAAAUAAUGAGGCUCACUCAGUACAAACUGACAACACAAGUUUCUAGGAAGCAGCAAAGCUAAACUGUAUAACUGCAUUUUAAUUAUUUAUUUUUCAUACAUUUGUUUAAUAGAUUACUUUCAUUUGAUACAGGUUUUGUUGUCAAUCAUGCCAUGUGUGUUUUUUUUUAUUAAACCACUGUGGGGUUCACAGCCUCCUGAUAUUUGUCUGCUUUUGUCUGUGUUCACUGGUGUCAGUGCAAGAAUUUAUAUUAAUUUAAGAACACGAAAGUAGACUGAUUCCAUUACUAAAGCAUUGUUAUAAACAUAUCUGCCAUUUGAUUCCGCGUGUGGUUCAGCUGAGAGGUUGUUUCAAUGAUGUAUUGUUCAUAAGUUGUUAUUCGUGUU